AUGUCGCAGCGUCCGUCCAUCCGUUGGGGUAUUUUGACCACGGGCAAAAUCGCGUCCUGGUACGUGGCCGAUCUGGUAUUGUCUCGCUCAGACGCAAAGGUUUGCCAUAUUAUUCAAGCUAUCGGAACCUCGGAUAUAGACAGGGGUAGAUCUUUUGUUCGGCAAUUUUGCCCAGAACAGACCCCUACUAUAUAUGGUAGUUAUGAGGAAGUCUACCAGGACCCGAAUGUCGAUCUCGUCUAUAUUGGGACACCACACGCUUUCCACAAGAAGAAUUGCCUAGAUGCAAUUGCAGCAGGAAAACAUGUGCUUUGCGAAAAGCCCUUCACAUUGAAUGCUCGCGAGGCUAAAGAGGUUUUUGAGGCUGCUAAGCAGAAGGGAGUCUUCAUUGCGGAGGCUAUGUGGCUGCGUCAUCGACCUUUGACUCUCGAGCUUCAGCGAAUGAUCCAUCAAGAAAAGGUGAUCGGCCAGAUCUUUCGAGCAACCUCAGACUUUGGGUCGGAGCUUGAUAUACCAAAUAUGCCAUUAGACAAAUAUUACCGCCAGAACUCACUAGGGGCUGGCUCUUUACUCGACAUGGGUAUUUAUUCCCUGACUUGGCUUAUACUCAGCCUUGAUUCCGAGCUCGCAGGAGACCGGGAAAGGCCAAAAAUCCUAGCGGCGCAAGAUCACUGGGAGGAUGUUGAAAUAAACACCAGCGCCAUUCUUCAUUAUCAAUCUACCGGCAGACAGGGUAUCAUGACUUCUACAACUAGGGCGGCCGGCAAUCCUGAUCUGCUCGCUCGUAUCUAUGGCACUGCUGGGUCUGUUGAGGUCCAUGGUCCCUGUCCUUCACUUCCCAGAACUUUCACCAUAUAUCCUCCGUUUGUGGGAGACUCUGGUGAUAGCAUCAGCCGUGCUCAAGGCAAAACAUAUGACUUCACAGCUCCGGGGCGUGGCUUUCAGUAUCAAGCCGACAAUAUUGCUUUGGAUGUACUCAAUGGAAAUCUGGAGAGCUCUAUCAUUCCUCAAUCUGAGACUGUUUGGGUAAUGGAAUUCAUGGACGAGAUUCGACGACAGGGUGGGACACAGUAUCCAGUUGAUUAG